GUCAGAAAAUGGCUGAACAAUCCUGUUUGCAAGUCUCACGCGCUGUUAUGUUUCAUGCUCUCGGGGCUUGUUAAUUCUAAUACCCAGAUAAAAGCGAAACAUAUUUAAUGCGAAUUUCAUACCUUAUUGGCGAGUUUAAAAAAUAAAUAAAUGUAUAACCUGUCAGCCAGGUGCAUAAAUGUCACCAUUGCAACAUCUCUUUACGCGGUUUGCUGGCCAGUGAGCCGCUUGCUUCUCUGUUGUGCUGUCUAGGAGCAGAAACACCGCGAAAAUAUGAACGUGCACAGUGCAGUUCAUUCAUUUAGCGUCAAACUCAAACAUUGUAAUCUUAGAUUAAUUAAAAGUAGGUUUCCUUUUUUUGUUUUUGAUAACAUGGACAGCCAGACCCAGCGUGCACUAAAUUAAUCAAACCUUUUCUCUGCCUAUUACUUUUAAAUCAUAUCCAUGAUGAGUUAUUCGGAAAAGCCUGAGGAUAUUACAAAAGAGGAAUGGUUGGAUAAGCUUAAUAAUGUGCACAUUCAGAGGGCGGAUAUGAACAGGCUUAUCAUGAACUAUCUAGUAACAGAGGGAUUUAAAGAAGCUGCAGAGAAGUUCCGUAUGGAAUCCGGGAUUGAACCGAACGUGGAUCUGGACUCUCUUGAUGAGAGAAUAAAGAUCAGGGAAAUGGUUCUGAAAGGUCAGAUCCAGGAAGCCAUUGCUCUCAUUAACAGCCUCCACCCAGAGCUGCUUGACACCAAUCGAUACCUCUACUUUCACCUUCAGCAGCAGCAUCUGAUUGAGCUCAUCCGUUUGCGGGAGACUGAGGCAGCGCUGGAGUUUGCGCAGUCGCAGCUGGCCGAACAGGGAGAGGAGAGUAGAGAAUGUCUUACUGAGAUGGAGCGGACACUGGCCCUGCUCGCCUUUGAUAACCCCGAAGAAUCGCCAUUUGGAGACCUGCUCAACAUGAUGCAGAGGCAGAAGGUGUGGAGCGAGGUAAACCAGGCUGUUCUAGACUAUGAGAACAGGGAAUCUACUCCAAAAUUAGCAAAGCUGCUGAAACUUUUACUGUGGGCCCAAAACGAACUGGACCAGAAAAAAGUGAAAUACUCCAGAAUGACAGACCUUAGCAAGGGAACCAUUGAGGACCCUAAGUAGAGACUGUAAUUCACAUGGACUUUUUUUUGGUUCUAUUUAUGAAUGGUCAGUGACUGGAUGGCAAAUAUAAAUCUCUCUCUAUAUAUAAUGAUUUUUUUUCUUGAUGCCUCUAUAAAAAAGUCAUUUAAGCAACCUUAUAUGAUUUUAUUUCAAACAAAAGUAUACUGAUUAAUAACAGUAAAACUAGAUGUUAUUUCAAUCUACCAUUUACUAUACUGGUAGCCUAUUUUCUGAAGAACAGGAAUAUUCCUAUGGUAAUGUUGUUUGGUUUCAGCAUUUUCAGUUUGUGUUUUGUGUCUUUUAUUAUUUCCCCCUCCCCAUGUUCUUCACUCUUUUCACAUACAAUAUACUGUGUCCUCAUU